AUGUCUUCUCCGUCGUCCGUCGCCACAAACAGUGCCGUACCAACGAAUGGAAACACAGUAUCAACAUGGCUUGGAUCAUCAACCUUUAAUACGGCACCGACAUCGUACGCUUCUUUCAGUGGCACGCCGACUUCAUCCUUCGCUUCAUCGACGCUAGUCUCCAGCACCAGUAGCUCUGCGCCAGCUUCAGAAACGUCCAAGACUGGCAUCUUUGGCAAUCCUUAUGAACAACCAGGAUUACCCACUUUCCAAGCUCAAAAUCAAAGCGCCUUUACCACACAAUUAAUCAUCUGUUUCGCCGUGGGGUUACUUUGCUUUUUAGGAUUUUGCAUAUUGCGCACGCGGGGACAAAAACUGAUAGAAUCAAUGAUCCCUAAUCACAGACACAAACCACCUGAAUUACCCAAUUCCUUUUUUGGAUGGAUUAUUCCCUUACUCCGAAUCAAUCAAGAGGAGAUGCUGGAUAAAGUCGGUUUAGAUGCCGUCGUGUUGCUGCAAUUUGUGGUGAUGUGUAUCAAGCUAUUCGGCCUUUGUGCCGCUUUCGGCUUGGUUGUUCUGAUUCCGAUCAGUGCCACAACAGGCAAUUUCACGGAUACCAGUAUCACCGGCAUCGAUAAACUUUCCAUUACUGUGAUCGAUGAAUCGUCGCCAUACCUUAUCGCAUACCUCAUAUUCACUUACUUUUUCUGCUUUACCGCCUUUUUCUUCCUGCAUCAGAGUUACUCAGACUAUGUUUACAUGCGCGCUCGCUAUCUGUUACGGUUAUCCAAAACGCUAUCCUGUCGAUCGGUAAUUGUCACCGGCAUUCCCAAAACGCUGCGAUCCGAUCAAGACUUGGCGGAUUAUUACGAAAAUCUGGGAAUUGGCAACGUGGAAACGUGUCAUGUUGUAAGGCAUGUCCGAAACCUGGGGAAACUGCUGAAAAAACGAGCUUCGGCCCUGCAACAUUUGGAACGAGCCUAUGCACAGUAUUGGGGAAAUCCGUGCCGCAUCCCGGAUUACGAUCCGGACCGGAUCCUGGAAGAUGCCCAGUUACUUCAACGGGUUGAUAAACUGAGUGAACAGAGCGACUAUUACAACAACAAUGCCACAUUCUUAUCCGGCCUGAUCAGUCCUCCUUCCCGCAAACGUGAGAAGCGUCGUCCCCAAGUGCGUACAGGUUUCUUGGGGUUGUUUGGACCCAAGGUCGACGCGAUCGAAUACUAUACCGAACUAUUCGAUGAACUCGAUCAAAAAGUCACUGAAGCGCGUAAUUCCAAAAACUACGAAAUGACGAAUGUCGGUUUUGUUACUUUUGAACAUAUGACCAGCGCCCUGAUUGCAUCCCAGAUCGCGAUCAAUCCUCAAGCGUUCAAUUGUCGCACCUAUAUGGCGUACGAACCGAGAGAUGUGCUUUGGGAAAACGUUCUUAUCCGCGGUCGCGAACGACUCAUCCGCGAGAUAUUCAUUUGGACCAUCACCAUUGCCUUGGUGUUUUUCUGGGUGUUCCCUAUCAGUUUUUUCUCUUCUUUGACCAGUAUUGAGGCACUUGACAAAGUAUUCCCUGGAAUUGCCGACAAAGCUGAUGAUAUCCCUAUUGUCAAAAGCAUCAUGCAGAGUUUAAUUCCUACUCUCCUCGUCAACAUUUUCAUGGCGUUACUGCCCUUGAUCUUUGAUUCUUUAGGAUAUGUGCAAGGCUUGCGGGCAAGAAGCGCUAUCGCCGAAUCCACGUUUAGCAAAUACUUUUUCUUUCUUUUGUUCAACGUGCUUCUGGUAUUCACUAUCGUCAACAUUGCUGUAAAGACAGUGGCUGUAGCUCGUGUAGCUGAGCAGUUGAUCAAUAACCCAACCGAAAUUCCCAAUGUGCUGGCCACUAGCUUAUCGACGGUAGCACCAUUUUUUAUCAACUAUACCAUUAUGCAGGGCCUGUUACUGAUGCCACUGAAUUUGCUUUUACUUGGUGCUCUGGUUCUGCGAGGAUUUUGGCACCUUUUCAUUUGCAAGACACCCCGUGACUAUGCGGAAAACCGUGCUCCCUGGGCGUUUAAUUACGGUACCGGAUACCCUGCGCCGUUGCUCAUUUUCAUUAUCGUGCUCGAAUAUUCCGUCAUUUCGCCUAUUAUUCUCAUCUUCGGUACUCUGUACUUUUGCAUCACCUAUAUCGUUUACAAAUACCAGUUUUUGUAUGUCUAUUUCCGACCGUAUGAGGCGGCUGGCCGACUUUGGAUCAUGGUAUUUCCUCGUAUCAUUGCGGGCAUGGUUAUCUUCCAGUUGACCAUGACGGGGCUUUUUAUCUUGAAAAAGUUCUAUGUUCUUGGUAUCCUUUGCGUGCCUUUAAUCGUCAUCACAUUUAUCUUCAAGUUUACAUUGGAUGCCGCAUACAGAAAGAACAGCCAACACCUGCCUAUGCAAUUAUUGCGCGAUGAAAUGACCAAACUCCCUACCCACAACGAUCCGAUUAUACCUGCGGAUGAUGACCCUUAUGCCAGUGAAAGUGGCAGCAAUAGUCCAGAUACCCCCGAACCAUCCCCACACCGCGACAGCCAGAGAUCCAACGACACAGCUGGCACAAGCACUACGCGAAAAGAAACAAAACUCCGAUGGCGAUUUGCGGCUGCUUUGGCCUUGAAACAACAUCACACUUCCAAUCCUUCCAUCAACUCGCCACCUACCAAGGAAUCACCCAAGCUAGCUCACGUCAAAAAGGUCGUGAUUGAUGAGGAUGACUACGAAGCAGUGCCUGAUAACUUGACCGAUUAUCGACAACCGCCGAUGCAAUUAAAUCCCGGUGUCCUCGAUACGGGUUUGAAACGCUACGGGAAUCCGGCUUUGAUUGGCGUGCUUCCUCAGUUAUGGUUACCUACGAAAUCGCUGUCUCCUGAAGAACAGGCCAACCCAUCGGCACGAAGACCGUCCAAUAAGCGACGACAAAGCAGUGGACAGCUGGCGCAUGACCUGGCUCAUCUUUUGCGACGUGCGGAAUCGGCACGACGACGCGUUCAAGGGGGCAUUGUUGCCAAGAUGUUUGAUAAACAGCUGGAUGCAUCUAAAGAAAAGGGAGUGAAAGAUGCUGAAGUGAUUAGUGAGUCUACCAAAGACACCUCCAACUCAAUGCUGCGGAAAUUGCUCCGGGGUCGCACCACUUCUCAUUCAAGUUAUGCAAAGACGCAGCACUCCAGCAUGAGUCGACAAGCCACUGUUUCUCGGGAGCACAUAUUAUUGGCGGAGAGUCGUUCGCCGUCCAGGUCAUCAGACGAAACGCCGGAUGAUGACGAUGACGACGACAGUAGCCAUGGUGACGGAUACUGGUUACCUUUGCAUCGUACUUAUUAUCAUCAUCCAGAACGGCGUAAUUCUACUCCCAUGCCUACAAGGCCACGACUGGAAGAUCGUGCUCAAAAUAGCUCACCUGUCUAA